AACCGAACAACAAUGCUGAGGUUUGCUGUCACCCUCUUUGCUGUCAUAACGUCAUCUACCUGUCAAAAAUACGGAUGUCUGGAAGGGGACACCCACAAACUGAAGCCAAGUCCUGAGCCAAAUAUGCAUGAAUGCACUCUGUACUCUAAAUCUUCCUGUUGCUAUGCAGACUUCACAGAGCAAUUGGCUCAUUCCCCAGUAAUUAAAGUAAACAACAGCUACUGGAACAGAUGUGGGCAACUCAGUAAAUCCUGUGAAGUGUUCACGAAGAAAAUUGAGUGCUUUUACCGAUGUUCUCCACAUGCUGCUCACUGGAUCCAUCCCAGCUACACUGCUGCUAUUCAGUCUGUUCCACUGUGUCAAAGUUUUUGUGAUGACUGGUACGAAGCCUGCAAAGAUGAUUCCAUAUGUGUUCAUAACUGGCUGACGGACUGGGAAUGGGAUGAAAGUGGAGAAAACCACUGUAAGAAUAAAUGUAUUCCAUAUAGUGAGAUGUAUGCAAAUGGGACUGACAUGUGCCAGACUAUGUGGGGGGAGUCAUUUAAGGUGAGCGAAUCCUCCUGCCUCUGCUUGCAAAUGAACAUGAAGGACAUGAUGGCAAUCAAGUAUCUCCUCUCCGAAAGCUCAGAGGAAAGCUCCAGCAUCAGCAGCAGCGAGGAGCAUGCCUGCCAAAAGAGACUCCUGAAGUUUGAGAAACUAAAGGGAGACGAAGGGGAACAGACAAGAUAAAUGCUGGUGGAUGUAUAUCAGGACGAGAGAAAUCAUCAUGGAGGCUGGGCUCAGGGCAUCACGCAAGCCCGCUUUAUCCCUUACUUCCUAGAACAUAAUAAAUCAAUGGCUGGUUAUGUUAA